AUGAAGACAGCUCUCCUGCUCCUUGCUGUGCUGGCCGUGGCUGCCGGGCCAGCCCGUGCUCUCCGCUGCCACGUGUGCUCCAGCUCCUCCAACUGCGAGAAAGCCCAGACCUGCGCCGCCAGCGCACGCUACUGCAGGACCAGGACCAAGGUGGAGCCCCUGCUGGGGAACCUGGUGGAGAAGGACUGCGUGGAGGCGUGCACGCCCACGCACAGCCUGCCGGGCCAGGUGAGCAGCGGGGCGGCCGCCACCCUGUGCUGUCAGGACGACCUGUGCAACCGGAGCCUGCAGAGCAGCGCGCCCGCCCGCACCCUGGCCCCCGGUGCUGGCCUCGGCCUGGCCUUGGCCCUCGGCCUCCUUGCCCUCCUCGUGGGCCCCAGCCUGUGA